AUGUCUAUCUUCACCUACUGCUAUCUGAAAGUCUGUGCGAUCCUUCUACGGUCGGUCGUCGGACUAGCCACCGCCUUGGGAGGAAGACGUGCCCGUCCGGACGAAGUACGGUAUAUCGCAUCUCGUGAGACUGGGCGGACCAUCAAAGUCCAUGUGUACCGUUCAUCCUCGACAAUCGGUCCCACCCCGGUGUUGGUCAACUUCCACGGUAGCGGCUUUCUGCUACCGCUGCAUGGAAGCGACCAUGAUUUCUGUCGCCGUGUGAGCCAGGAGACCCAAUGUACCGUGCUAGACGUGCCCUAUCGCCUAGCCCCGGAGCACCCGUUCCCAGCAGCGCUAAACGACGUCGAGGAUGCAAUCCGCUACGCGCUGGGCCGUCCGGAGGAAUUCGAUACGACGCGCGUGUCACUCUCUGGAUUCAGCGCGGGAGGAAACCUUGCACUCGCGGCCUCGGCCACGCUUUUCCCCCCUGACACGUUUCGCUCGCUGAUCGCGCUGUACCCGCCACUGGAUCUCAACCAGGAUGCCGCCACCAAGGUCGCACCGAAGCCGCGUGGUCAAGUUAUCCCUUUACCAAUCGCCCGCUUGUUCACCCGGUGCUACGUGCCCCCUGGCAUGGAUAAACGCGACCCGCGUCUGUCUCCCCGGUUCGCCGACUCCAACCGCUUCCCUUCGCGGGUCCUGAUGAUCACGGCCGAGGAGGACUUCCUGGCACCAGAGGCGGAGGAGCUGGCAGCGAGGCUUCAGCAGCUGCCGGGACGGCAUGUGGUGCGUGAACGCAUGGCCGACUGUAACCAUGCGUGGGACAAGCGCACACGGGUGGGAACCCCGCAACGCCAGGCUAGAGAUCGGGCCUAUGGGCUGGCGGUUGAUUUUUUGAACGAGUCAUAG